CAGCUCCCGAGGAGCUCCUGCAGGAGGAGCCCAGAGAGGUAGUCCCAGCUCUUCCAAGUGUAACAAAUUCAGAGUCCUCUGCAGUCUGAUUGGGGCGCCUCCCCAAGACUCCUGGGGGGGCCAGGGAGGUAGGAGAUGGGACCGCUACAGGGAGAGGGCAGGCCGGCCCUUGGGGAGGCCACUGUGGCACCAAGGCUGAGUCCAGUCCAGGUGUGGCCUCGGCCUCAGCCCCGCAAGGAGCCCGCGCGACACGACAUGGGGUUGCCGCUGCCCAAGAAGAAGGGGUUCGUUCUCUGCCUGUGGAGCAAGUUCUGUAGAUGGUUCCAGAGACAGGAGUCAUGGGCUCAGAGUCGAGAUGAGCAGAACCUGUUGCAGCAGAAGAGGAUCUUGGGGUGUCCUCUCCUUCUAGCAGCCAAAGAGAACGAUGUCCAGGCUCUCAACAAGCUGCUCAUGUACCAGCCCUGUGAGGCACACCAAAGAGGAGCGCUGGGGGAGACAGCACUGCACGUAGCGGCCCUCUAUGACAACCUGGAGGCGGCCAUGGUGCUGAUGGAAGCAGCCCCGGAGCUGGUCAAAGAGCCCAUGACAUCUGAGCUGUAUGACGGUCAGACUGCACUGCACGUAGCCAUCGUGAAACAGAACAUGAACUUGGUACAAGCCCUGCUGGCCCAUGGGGCCAGCGUCUCUGCGAGAGCUACAGGCACAGCUUUCCACCUCAGCCCCCACAAUCACCUCUACUUUGGGGAGCACCCUUUGUCCUUUGCCGCCUGCGUGGGCAGUGAGGAGAUGGUGCGGCUGCUCCUUGAACACGGCGCUGACCUCCGGGCCCAGGAUUCCCUGGGAAACACAGUGCUGCACGUCCUCAUCCUGCAGCCCAACAAAACCUUUGCCUGCCAGAUGUACAACCUGCUGCUGUCGUACGAUGGGCGUGGGGCCCACCGGCAGUCCCUGGACCUGGUGCCCAACCACCAGGGCCUGACGCCCUUCAAGCUGGCCGGAGUGGAGGGCAACACUGUGAUGUUCCAGCACCUGAUGCAGAAGUGGAAGCACAGCCAGGGGACAUUCGGGCUGGUGACCUACACCCUCUAUGACCUCACGGAGAUCGACUCCUCCGGGGAGGAGCCAUCGCUGCUGGAACUUAUUGUCACCACCAAGAAGCGGGAGGCUCGCCAGAUCCUGGACCAGACGCCCCUGAAGGAGCUGGUGAGCCUCAAGUGGAAGAGAUACGGGCGGCCCUACUUCUGCCUGCUGGGCGCCUUGUACGUGCUCUAUAUCAUCUGUUUCACCAUGUGCUGCAUUUACCGCCCGCUCAAGCCCAGGACGGAUAACCGCACCCAGCCCCGGGACAACACACUCCUGCAGCAGAAGCUACUUCAGGAGGCCUACGUGACCAGACAGGAUGGCGUCCGACUGGUGGGGGAACUGGUGACUGUCAUUGGAGCUGUGAUCAUCCUGAUCUUAGAGAUCCCAGACAUUUUCAGGGUGGGGGUCACCCGCUUCUUCGGACACACCAUCCUUGGAGGGCCGUUCCAUGUCCUCAUUGUCACCUAUGCCUUCCUGGUGCUGGUGACCAUGGUGAUGCGGCUCACCAACACCACCGGGGAGGUGGUGCCCAUGUCCUUCGCCCUGGUGCUGGGCUGGUGCAAUGUCAUGUACUUCGCCCGAGGAUUCCAGAUGCUGGGCCCCUUCACCAUCAUGAUCCAGAAGAUGAUUUUUGGUGACCUGCUGCGAUUCUGCUGGCUGAUGGCUGUGGUCAUCCUGGGCUUUACCUCAGCCUUCUAUAUCAUCUUCCAGACGGAGAACCCCGAUGAGCUGGGCCAUUUCUACAACUACCCCAUGGCCCUGUUCAGCACCUUCGAGAUGUUCCUCACCAUCAUCGAUGGCCCUGCCAACUAUGACGUGGACCUGCCCUUCAUGUACAGCAUCACCUAUGCCGCCUUCGCCAUCAUCGCCACGCUGCUCAUGCUCAACCUCCUCAUAGCCAUGAUGGGUGACACUCACUGGCGGGUGGCCCACGAGCGGGAUGAGCUCUGGAGGGCUCAGGUCGUGGCCACCACGGUGAUGCUGGAGCGGAAGCUGCCUCGCUGCUUGUGGCCUCGCUCGGGGAUCUUUGGGCGAGACUAUGGGCUGGGGGACCGCUGGUUCCUGCGGGUGGAGGACAAACAGGAUGUCAACCAGGAGCGAGCCCGGCGCUACGUACAGGCUUUCCACAAACGGGGCUGGGACACCUCAGACAAAGAUUCGGAGAAACUGCAGCCCCGCCGCCCCUCCGGCCCCCACCUGCCCCUUCCUGACCCCUCAGUGUCACAGAGCAUGUCCCGCGGCAACACCCACUGGGGGAAACUUCGGCAAGGGACCCUGAAGACAGAACUGAGGGGGGUGGUCAACAAGGGCCUGGAAGAGGAGGGCUGGGAAUAUCAGAUAUGAGCCUGUGUUCUUGCUUCGGUUCCCAGCAGGCGCUCUCCUUGUCCUGGGAAUGUCACAAAAGCGAAACCCAAAAUACCUAGACAUCUCACCCUCCCAGGUCGAGGAGGAAAGGAGGAGAAUAGUUGGGAAGACCUGUGCCCUAGGUCUCCUCUACUCCUUCAGCUCCGGAGCAAAGGGAAAGCCAGGGGGGUGGCCGGCGCCCCCUCUUUGGCCCUAAUGAAGGCUCCCUGCACUGUCAGAGCAAAGCACUUUAAGGGUAGGCUUGCCACCUCUGGCAUCCAGUCUCUACCCCAGUGUAUCCAGGAUCCCCGAGCGGGAAGGGGGAGAGCCCUGCCCCGUGGGGGGGGGACCUCCAGAGAGUUCUGGGGGAGGUUUG